AAAAGGCAACUCCAGCGUUUUAACAGUAGCAAUGGCUUCUUCUCAGUCGGCAUCUUCAACUACUCAGGUGCAACCCUCCUGCUGCCAGUGCGCUUUAGCAUCAGUUAACGUCGCCAGUUUCGUGUCGGCCAAGCUCCGCCGUGAUAAGAAUUCAAACAACUACAAGUCAUGGAAAGAGCAGAUGCUAUGCCUCAUCGAGACUCAGGACUUGCUUGGCUACAUCGCCGGCGAAAUUUCUCCGCCGCCGAUGACCAGCGAAUCUUACGCCGUUUGGAGAAGGAGAGAUCGGCUGGUCAAGGGCUGGAUUUUGGGUGCACUGAGUGAUGAAGUUGUUGAAACCGCCGUUAAUUUGAACAGCGCAAGAGAUGUUUGGUUACACUUGGAAAAGGCGUUUGUCAAACCCCGAGGUCCUCCGCCGCAGGCGGCGGCGGAACAAGAGAAGGACUGGAACGAGUACUUGCCGCUGUACAUAGCGGCACUGAGGGGCGAUUGGGUUACAGCCAAGGAAAUACUGGACCAAGACCCUAACGCCGUUCAAGCUAGGGUUUCCUUCACCUCAGAAACAGCUCUCCACAUCGCCGUCGGCACCGGGAAGUCGAUUCCGUUUGUGGAAAAGCUGGUGGAUAUGAUGCCCGAUGAAUCGUUAGCACUAACGGACGAGCUAGGGUUUAACGCUCUACACGUGGCGGCAAGGACGGGGAACACGGCGGCAGCAAAAAUCCUGAUCCACAGGCUUGAAGAUUUGCUGUACAUGAAAAGCAAUUACGGAUUUUUCCCCGCCCACGAAGCAGCCAAGUCUGCCCAAAGGGACACUCUUCUGUUAUUGAUUUCUCACACCAAGGAUGAUUUUGAGCCUAAUCCUUGUGCUGGUGCAAACGGUGUAUCGCUCCUGAAUGCUAUAAUCGAUGCCGAUUUUUUCGAUAUUGCUUUGCAUUUGGUUGGCAAAUACCCUCAUACGGCGAGGAUAGAACUUCCUUAUGGUAAUUCGGCUCUGAAACGAAUAGCCCUUAAGGAGUCGGCUUUCUUGGGUGUAGCUCGAUUCAACUUCUGGGAACGUUUCAUAUCCUCUAGUGUUCAGUUGGAGAUGGAAUCGAAAGUUCGACACGACCCACCAAAUCGUGGUGACAUUGAGGACCCAACUUGUGGCACUCGGAUAUAUGUGGAGUUUCGAAGGUGGCACAGAGUGGUCCAGAAUUUGCAUUUCACUCUUUGCAAAGUCAUAAAACAACUCGUGCCUCGCAUAAAGGUAAUUCACGACAAAAAAAUGAUGCACCACCAAGCACUGGAACUCGUCAAAUGUUUGUGCAAGCACAUGGGAUCUUUAAAUUACACAGAAGCUGCACCUAUCUACAGAGAAGCCAUGAUAACCGCCGCACGUGUAGGUAUCCACGAGGUUAUAGAAGUGAUCGUAGAGGCAUUUCCCGCCGCAAUUUACAAUCGCCACGCUACUACCAAGCAUUUCAUCUUCCACCUGGCGGCACAAAACCGCUGUGAGAAAGUAUAUAAUCUAAUCUAUCAGACGAGCGGCCAUAAGCACCAGUACGCAGAUGCAAAAGACUCUUCUGGCAACACACUCUUGCACCUGGCUGCAGGUUUAGCACCUCCUCACAAGCUCAAUCUAGUUUCGGGUGCAGCUCUUCAGAUGCAGCGUGAAUUACAAUGGUUUAAGGAAGUGGAAAAAUUUGUUCAUCCUUACACGAAAGAACGGCCAAACUAUGCUGGAAAAACUCCGAAGAUGGUGUUCACAGAGGAGCACAAAGACCUGAAAAUCGAAGGAGAAAAGUGGAUGAAAGAUACUGCCAACUCAUGCACAAUCGCCGCAGCAUUAAUAGCCACCGUUGUAUUUGCCGCAGCUAUUACAGUGCCAGGUGGCAACGAAUCAACCACUGGAUACCCGAUAUUCUUGAAAUCAGGUGCGUUCGUACUAUUUGCAGUUUCUGAUGCUGUCUCUUUAUUCACAUCGACAACUUCUCUGUUGAUGUUUUUAUCGAUACUGACUUCGCGCUAUGCGGAAGAGGAUUUUCUGUACGCACUGCCCAAGAGGCUGUGUAUUGGUCUCUUCACUCUUUUCGUGUCUAUUUUGUUUAUGACGAUAGCAUUUAGUGCUACACUAUAUUUGGUGUUCGGUUUGAAUAAUCGGUGGGUUGUGAUGCCGGUGGCUGCACUUGCUUGUUUACCGAUAUCUUCGUUUGUGCUAUUGCAAUUCCCGCUUCUCGUGGAUGUGAUUUCUUCGACGUAUGGCCGUGGCAUUUUCGGUAAGCAAAGUGAUAAUUCAUUUUAUUAGAGUGAGAUUCAAUAAGAAAGUAUUGUCAUAUGUAAUUAAUUACACUUCCAUUGAUUCUGUAUAUGUUGGUAAAUCUAUAAUUUAUAUUUAUAAAUAUAUUUAUCAUGUAUAUCUUUGACCA